AUGUCCCCAGGUCUAGGUCUCCAAGUCCAGGUCCAGGUCCCCAAGUCCAGGUCCAUGUGCAUAUCCCCACGUCCAGGUUCAGGUUCAGGUCCAGGUCCAGGUCCCCAGGUCCAGGUCCCCAGAUCUCUAAGCCCAGGUCCUCAGAUACCUAAGGUCCGCAUCCUCAGGUCCCCAGGUCCAGAUCCGCAGGUCCAGGUCCAUGUGCAUAUCCCCAUGUCCCCAAGUUUAGCUCCCCAAGUCCAUGUCCCCUGGUCUACGUCUCCAGAUCCAGGUCCAUAUCCCCAGGUCCAGGUCCCCAGGUGCAUGUCCAGGCCCCGAGAUCCUCCCCAGGUCCAAAUCCAUGUGCAUAUCCCCAUGUCUAGGUCCAUGUCCCCAGUUCCAGUUCCACAGGUCCCCAGGUCCACGUCCAGGUUCCCAGAUCCCCAAGUCCAUGUCCAGGCCCCUAGGUACCCUCCCUCAGGUCCAUGUCCUUAUCCCCAUAUCCCCAGGUCCAGGUCCCCAUGUCCAGGUCCACAUCUAGGCCAAUUUCCAGGUCCCCAAGUCCAAGUCCAGGACACCAGAUCUCCAGGUCCAGAUCCAAGUCCAGGUCCCCAGGUCCACAUCCAGACCCCUAGGUCCAGGUCCAUAUCCCCAUGUCUAGAUGUCCAGGUCCAGGUCCCCAGGUCCAUAUCUAUAUCUGUAUCUAUCUAUACACAUAAUAAAAGUGGAAAUAGGUGUUUAUGUGGCUGGGGUGCCCACUUCAACAGACAGGCUCCCACUUCUACAAACAACUCCCCACAGUGUUGGGGAGAAACCAAAAGCAUUCCCUCCAACGACAUUUCAGGUUACAGCGAGCGCCAAGAACGUGUCUCCCAACCCUGCCAACGUCCUCCCCAAACACUACGGCCCACCACUCAUUCGGGGACCACUUCACCCUAGAUUUCACGUGCUUCCUCCACCUCCAACACCCCAGUGUUCCUUACUCUCUCCUUUGGUGUGGAAUUUGCAUAACCCCGCCCACCACCUCUCCCUUAACCCUUUCCUACUCUUCUCAACUCUGCCUGCAUGGUGGAAGUUGUUGUUCACCCUGCAUCAAGGCACGGCACUGUGACACCCCACUGACAAUGGACCUCGCAACCUCUGAGGAUCCCUGCCACAGAUGUGGGUGAAACAUCAGGAGAGAAUGCUGCUGGAACAGGCCCAGACAGCCCGGAAAAUGCACAACCCAAUGACGAUGAUGCCACCAUCCUCUUUGAAGAAGGUUUCCAACAACUUCCCAAACACAGAAAGCAACCCAACCAAGACUGGGAUUUAUAGUCCAAAGAUCACAGAGCGAUAUGGAGUCAACAAUCCUUUUCUACGAAAGGAAGAAACAACAACCCGAGGUGGAGUCGCGGCCUCGUUCUGCGGCGGCACCUCGAAAAACAACCUGGAGAGAGCGAAAUAACGUUGUUGUUUUUCGUUGUGCGGCUUCAGUUUGAAAAACCACCGAAAGAGCCGGGUUUGCGAAACCUGUGGCUCCACCACAAGCGCAUGAGGUUUGAUGAACAAGGCUCAUAACAAGCCUUCGUUAACCGCCAAGACGA